AUGAACUUUAAAAUUCAAGUAUGAUGUAAUUUCCACUAAUAUAAAAUCCCACCACCCAUCCAGUUUCUCCCUCUUCAAGAAAUCUCUCAAUAGUGUUCUUGCAGAAGAAGAAAAUAAUCAAUUAUCAAUGGAAGGUGAAGAGGGAACACAGCAGCCCCAGCUUGUGCUCGCAGACAAUCUAUUCCUCCUCACCCAUGGCGACGUUGAUGACAUCGAAAAAGUCCGCCUCCGUGACGAGGUUUUCAAUUACAUUAUUUCCAACGAUAUGGCUCCGUUGUAUGAAACCCUAGUUCCUAAGGUGUUGGAUUUGGAUCAGAAAAUCCUAGAUUCAAUGCGCGCCAAGAUCGACGACGAGCUUAGAAAGCUGGACGAAAGGAUUGCUGAUGCAGAAGAAAACUUGGGUGAAAGUGAAGUUCGGGAAGCUCACUUGGCAAAAUCCUUGUUUUUCGUUAGAAUUGGUGACAAGGAAAAGGCACUGGAACAACUCAAGUUAACAGAAAGUAAGACCGUUGCAGUUGGACAAAAGAUGGACUUGGUUUUCUACACACUACUGAUUGGUUUCUUCCACAUGGACUUCAAUCUCAUCUCUAAAGGCAUUGACAAAGCAAAGAACUUGUUUGAAGAGGGAGGUGACUGGGAGAGGAAGAACCGUUUGAAAGUGUAUGAAGGACUGUAUUGCAUGUCUACCCGUAACUUCAAGAAAGCAGCAAAUCUUUUCCUUGACUCUAUCUCAACUUUCACGACUUACGAGAUUUUUCCCUAUGACACCUUCGUAUUUUACACUGUCCUUACAAGCAUUAUAUCCUUGGAUAGAGUUUCUCUGAAACAAAAGGUAGUAGAUGCUCCCGAGAUCCUUACUGUCAUUGGCAAAAUCCCAUAUUUAUCUGACUUCCUGAACUCUCUAUAUGAAUGCCAGUAUAAAUCAUUUUUUUCAGCUUUUGCUGGCUUGACGGAGCACAUUAAGUUGGAUCGCUAUUUACAUCCCCACUUCCGAUAUUACAUGAGGGAGGUCAGAACUGUCGUUUAUUCCCAGUUCUUGGAAUCCUACAAGAGUGUAACAAUUGAGGCUAUGGCUAAAGCAUUUGGGGUGACAGUAGAUUUCAUCGAUUUGGAACUAUCUCAUUACAUUGCAGCAGGGAAGUUACACUGCAAGAUAGAUAAAGUUGCAGGUGUAUUGGAAACUAAUCGUCCUGAUGCAAAGAAUGCUCUUUACCAGGCAACAAUCAAGCAAGGCGAUUUCUUGUUGAACCGCAUUCAGAAACUGUCCCGUGUGAUCGAUCUUUGAGGUUGGUUAGUGCAUGCGCCAUCCACAUUUCGAUUGUUUUGUGGUGAAAUACAUUUGAUUCUAAACUUACAUGACUUUGUCAAAGCUCGGGAAAUUCAGAAGAGGCUCUUCGAAGAUGGGUUUACUAAGCGUAGGGUAAAAGUGAAAUUUUAUGUGGGCCACUGAACUUCAUUUUAUUUCUAGAUGAUUAUUGUAUUGUUGAUUUGAUCAUUCUGUCCAUGUUCACUAUUGGAUUAAUGGAAAAACAAUAUGACAGUUUUGUUAUUUGCCAAGUAGACUCUUUCUUAGUUAAAUUGUGUCCCGAAUAGUGAAAUUGUAAUAGAUGUUUAAGUUAAUUGUAAGUGUCUUCUAGAUAGGACAAACUUCACUGUCAACGAGAAAAUUCUGCAGAAGUGAUGUUACUGCUGGUUUUUUUAACUUAAAAAUAAUAUUACAUGUUUGGACUCUGUUAUUAUAAUUCUCUUCAUCAAA